AUGAUCAUGUUGGGUCAAGCGAAAUCGCUUGUCUUUGGCGCCGCCAGAAAGGUUUUCAGCUACGGGAAGGUAAUCCCAGGUGCUUCAGCAGCGAUGGUGACAACAGUUUCCAAAGCACAAGACACUGUAAUUUCACCCGCUCUUAAACUCAUUGGCUUUGGUAAAAAGGGCAUCAGUAAAAAAUCUCUGGCUGCAGGUAUGCAUAGUGAAAUCGGCGACGCCACCGCCAAAGGUCCUUUUGCGAGUCUCCAGAGUUGUGGAGGUGAAGGUUACGGAGUAAAUGUUAUGAACAGCAUCAUCCAGGGAACUUCUACAGCGGCUGGUCUGGGAAAGAAGACUAAGCAUGGUAAAAAUGGCAGCAAGAAGGGCAAGAGUCCGUCCAAGAGCACUAAGUGA